UAGUGAGUGAAAGCAUAAUAAUUAGUUGGUUUACCAUUAAUAGUCAGUAGUUAUAAAUAAAUUAUUGUACAACAUUCCUUUAAACUUAAGUAUACGCUAAGUAAAAUGUGUUAUUAAGCACAGACAUUAUCAGUGGAAGGUAUGUGGAUGCAUGCAGCAAGCAAUCUAGUGCGUAAAAUAAAUUGGAAAUUUGUCAAUGUCGAAAUUGACCCUUGUGUCAAAUGAAUCAUACAAGGUUAAUAGUUUUAAUGUCAAAGUAUUUCAAAAUAAUGCAAACCGCUUUAUUUAAUGCUUUUGAUUCUUUUACUACUAUCUAAUCAAUAUGGAAACGUAAAUAUUUACGCUGGCAAUUUUUCUGUUUGAGACUGAGAUCGUCAUGUUUUUACCAGAAUGUGAUAAGAUGAUAAACUCAUCCUGUUUCUUUAUUAUUUCGUGCAUGUUUUAUUACAGUUUGAACUAUGUUUUGCCCGCAUGUCGUGUGUAGUGUAGUGUAAUUUUUUUGUUUGGUGCACUUUGUUUUGACUAAGUUAUUCAAAAUGCAAUCCUGUGUUGGUGUUGACGCUUCCAGUAUGGGAUCAGUCUGGAAGAGGCUUCAAAGAGUGAACAAGAGAGCUGCUAAGUUUCAGUUUACAGUAUCCUACCAUCAGCUGUCCAUAGAUUUUACAUCAAAAUGGCAACCUCACAAACUCUUAGUGGUUUGGUCGCGACGAUCCAGAAGAGUAACGUCCACACCAAUGACAUGGGAGCCUACCUUACAGAACCCAUACAAAGGACUUGUCGUUUGGCCGGUACCUGAAAACCAUCAGGUAGCUGUAACUCUUUUUAAGGACCCUCGGACCAAUGAACUAGAAGAUAAAGAUUGGUCUUUCAUAAUCGAAGAUGUUCCUCCGACGGGAAAGAAAAGACAACUUGCCAUUGCCCACGUCAACAUGCGUAAAUAUGCUAGCGUCGAAUCUACACAAACGGAACUUCAAAUUAAUUUUAAGCCAACUACGAAAAAAGUUACGGGUGCAAAAUUGGACUGCACACUCUCGUGUGUCUUCCUUCGAGAAGGAAAAGCAACAGAUGAGGACAUGCAGUCCAUGGCUUCUCUGAUGUCUGUAAAUAAUAAUACAGAUGAUAUUGCGCCACUGGAAGAUGUGGAAGAUGAAGAAUACUCUUUUAAUGAUAGUGUAAUGAAGAACAGUUUGCAUGAAGUCACUCAGCACCUUCAGCAAAUGACGAAUAGUCUCUCUGGAUCUGACUUCGCAAGUACACCUAUUAGUGUGGCUAGCAUACAGUCAGACGAAAAGACCCCGACCGCGGAAACGUUCUCGCCACCCGCUGAGAAAUCUAAACUAGUCAAGCCCGUAUCAGUGCCACCUCCAAAAGAAAGCGAUUUCGCAACCGACGAUAACGAUAUUUAUUCUGAACAGUGCACAGAGCUACUGGACAGAUUAGAGAAUUUAGAGGAAGAAUGUGAAGCCGAAUUCCCCACUGUAAAUGUAAUUAACCAACUGCCGGUUAAUAAGCCAACGGAAACGAUCGUUCAGAAGAGCGUAAACUUGAAAUUAGAGCCGCUAGAGUUAAAAGAACACAUUGAAAUGCCCAAGGCGCCGCAAAAGCUAACGACACCUGGACAGGAUUUGUUGGAGUGGUGUAAAGAAAUGACCAAAUCUUACCAAGGAGUGAAGGUAACUAAUUUAACUACUAGCUGGAGGAAUGGUAUGGCUUUUUGUGCGCUUAUCCAUCAUUUUGAGCCUGAUUUGAUUGAAUUUGAUUCUUUAUCUCCUCACGACGUAAAAGGUAACUGUAAAAAGGCUUUCGAUGCCGGUGACAAACUGGGAAUUCCAAGAGUUAUCGAGCCAACAGAUAUGCACAUGUUAGCAGUUCCGGACAAACUGGCAGUUAUGACGUACCUCCACCAACUUAGGGCGCAUUUUACCGGCCACCAGCUGGAAGUCCAACAGAUAGGCAAAACUUCCGAGGAGAGUAAUUACAUCAUCGGGAAAUUCAAUACCGACAAAGACACCGACAUUACCAAACAAGUUUUCGGCCAGGAAAUCAUUAAUUUACGGAAAGCCAAACAGAGCAGGAAGCAGGAAAGCAUCAAAGAGAAGGAGAUGAACAGUGUGAAUAAAGAAACCGAUCACAAAGGAGACGCCUCGAAGUUACGCCUGCAGCUGAAAAAUACAAACGAGCCCGAGCCUGUCAAAGAGAAGUCCCCGACGAUGGUGAAGGACGUCAAGGAUAUUAUACUCAGCAGUUCGAAGACUAUCAUGAGUAAAGUUAUAUCGUCUCCCGGGAGGGACAAGCAGCAGCAACAGCAGAAGAAGCAGGAAGAGAAGAAGGCGGAAGUUAAGAAACCGAUACUCAUGACCAGGCGCGAGUUGACGGAUCCUUUCGGAUCUGACGAUGAGGACGAACCUCCGCCGUUCGAUAAUAGAGUAAUGAAUAAUAAGGUGCCCGAGACGAACGGGGACGUGCACCGUGCCGUCGAUUCUUCCGAUAAUGUGGAGAAGAAGGAAGACGAUGUGUUCUCCGACUUGCCUAAACCAAAUCUUCAAAUACUCAUGCGACACUCCGAGCAAAGAGAGAGGGCGCGAAUGCUACUAGAGCAGACAAGAAAAGAGAAUUCCAAUCCCGCCUCACCCACAAAGUCCGAAGAGGAAAGGCAAGCACAGCUUCGUGAAAGAGCGAGGAGGUUACUUGCUGAAGCCAGGAGGGGAUCGGGCGGUCCUACUACGGAAAUAAUUCGGGUUAGUCCAGAAUCAGUGAAAGCUUACGUGGAGGCUGAAGAUAAGCUUCACAUGUUGGAUAACGAAAUCCACUAUCUGGAGAGGCAAAACAGCUCAGGUUCGGAGAAAAAUGGAAGUAUAUACUCAUCAAAAACUGUAAAUAAUACGGAGGAUCCUAUUGAAAAAUCUAGUCCUAAUGAUAGUAGUAGAGAUAAAAUCACACCUGAUAAGUUACCUGAUGAAUUAGGCUUAAAAGAGAUGGGUAUUGAUGUGCACACAUGGAUAGACAAAGAAAACGACGACCUGGAAAGAGAACAAAGUGCCAUUGACGAGCAGGCUGCGAUCCUCGAGAAACAAUUACGAGCUGUAAUGGAGUCCCGGGACAGUAACGGGGAAGAGGAAGAGGCCCUUAUGGCGAAGUGGUUCAUGUUCGUCAACAAGAAGAAUGCUUUGCUCAGGCGGCAGAUGCAACUUAAUAUUCUAGAAAAAGAAGCCGAUCUUGAAACAAGAUACAGAUUAUUAAACGAAGAACUUCACAAAAUAGCCUCUAUCGAAGAUUGGAGAAAAACCGAAGAUCAGCGAAACAGGGAGCAAAUCCUUUUAGAUGAACUAGUACAGAUUGUCAACAAAAGAGAUGAGCUGGUACACCAUCUGGACAAUCAAGAGAAAGCGAUCGAAGACGAUGAAAUCAUAGAAAAAGAUCUCUCGCACAUAGAGUUGCCAGCGAAGGAUAGCAACUGCGUUAUAUCUUAACUAUUACUUAUAGAACUUCUACUACGAUUUGAGGUUGAAACUUGCAUGGUUUUUGAAAACUACUCUUCUCGAAAUAUAAUAAUUGGUGCUUGAUGUGAUAUAGAUUUUUUUGUUUAGAUACGAAGCAAUAGGGUUUGCUUUAUAUAUUUAACUUUUUUCGUAGGUAUACCAUUUCUCAAAUCUUGCAAAUUUUAACUUGCAAAACGUGCAACUUAAGCCACUUUUAAUUUAUUUGACUAAUACUAAUCCUUUCCCCUCCUCCCAACCCUCGUUUUAAUUUAUAAAGACAUAGCUUUAAUUUAACACAAGAAACCAAUUUGUUAAUUUAUGUAUAGAACUUACAUAAUCAAAUUAAUGAUGUGAUGUAAUUUAUUAAACAUGCCGAUUUUUUUUAUGUGUAUAUAAACCGAAUUAAAAAAAGGAAUAUGGCUGUAAAUUAGGCCAUCCACUUUAGUAGUGCAAUAUCCUUCAGUGUGUUGUGAACUUUAUGGGCCCUGAAAGGGUUCUACGUUUCAAAAUCAUAUUUUCACAUCUCCACCGAAUGUCCCGUACUUAUACAAAUUUGGAAGUUAGAUGUUUUAGGGUACGUUUUAUAUUCGAUUUCUACCUACGAGGCAUAUCCACAAAGUAAGUACCCAAUUUUUUCCUUUGCAAGAAGAAACCAGAUUACACUCCUCACCGCACAGUUGGCGGGAUUCAGAAUAGCGACGUUCAUUUCAACUCGCCACUACAACAACAGUUCUCAACUGAGACAAAUGAGUGUGUAGCUCAAACAAACAAAAAUGACAGAGUACCACAGUCUCAGUACUCUUAUUUUAUAGAUAUGCCUCAUAUUACAGUGCAACAAUAACUUUAGGUUUACAUAAUUUAAUUAAAUGUCUAUUACUUCUUCUGUAGGCAUUUAAUGCAAAAUGUUCGAUGCAUACUUGAGAUCCUUGUUCUUUGCCACCUGUUGAUCGAAUUUAAGGGCAUUUUAGAAAGAUAAAAAACAAUAUACAAAUUGUCGUGAAUGUAUUUGUGGUGUGUUGUUUUUCAAAGCCAAAGUUGUUUAACUUUCGCUGUUCAAGGUGAUCCCAAAUUAAACUCUCCCAGAACUUAAUGAAAAGUUUAUGUGAUUAUUAAAGUCCGUGAGCAGUGCGUUACGUAAAAACCAGAGGCGCAUACAGGACGUCACGAUAGACACAUUUACCACAAUUAAUUGUCACACUCUGGAUCCCAAAUGGCAAUCGAUGAAUUACAUUCGUUGUCAAAGCGUUAAUAUUGCUAGUUUUUCAUGUCUUUUCUACGGAGCCUUCAUAAAUAAUUACAAACCACAUGACCGCCCAGCUCAGGCAUCCAAUAUUGCACAGCUGGAACUGUCAACUAAAAAUCCCCAAAAUGUUAUCUUCACCGAUAUUAUUGAUUCGUUUACAAUGAACAAUUCUUUAAAAAAUUUGGGUACAUUUCGUGAGAAAAAAAUGUAAAAAACCUAAAAUGGUGCUCUUGUUUGAAAUCGAAAAGCCAAUUGAUCUAAAAAUUUUUAAUCUACUAGUAAUUCUUACACAUUUUAUGGUAUAAGCGAGGUGUGCUUUGAAAACAACUCCAAACCCCCAAAAAUUAAUUUACUAGAAAGGUGCAAGUCGCCAUUUGCUCCUGCCUGUGGCACUUGGGCCACUUGUAAAUAUAAUAUUUUUUGAAACACCGUGUACCUUAGUUUUUAAACAUCCUGUCAAAGUUUAAUAAUAACGUUUUCCAAAAAAAAUUCACUCCAUCUAAAUAUUGGAUGUACUUUGGGUAUCUCUCGCACCGACAAAAGAGGAUUUUCGGCGAGGACUCUUUAAAGAAGAAAUUUCUCUUAGGAAACGCUAAGAGGUCGCCUUCCGAAUAUGACGUUGGGAUAGCGGCUCGCAAGGAAAACCUUUGGUAAUGCCGAACUCCUCUUUUCGCGGCCUAAUAUGGGAGCGAGAGUUACCUACAGCAUUUAAUAUUCAUUUAUAUUAAUUUACUUAUUACUUAUACUAAAUUUCAAUGAAAUAUAUAGCUUUUUUUGUAAAAAAAAUAGUUAAAAUUUGAUUCUAAAAAAUCAUGGUUGACACCCUGUAUCUUACAAACAAAAGACAUGAUUUCGCAACUUCUACAUUUUUUGCACUCAUUUUGGCAACGCCCUGUAGUUUUUCCUGGAAAAUUUUGAGUCUACCUAGAAUUAUCAAAUUUUUUGUUUAAAUUUUGUAUACACCCUGGUUGUACGGAAACGAAGUACGGCAUGUAAUAUAUUUAUCGACUCACGGACUUUAAUCAUCCUAAAUCAUAAAUAAAAACUUUAUAGUUUUUUAUGAUAUUCACAUACCAUUUUUGAAAAGUAAUUGUUAAUUUAUUCUCUUGUGGGUACACAUGACCACGAAUGACACAUUUUAAUUAUUACGUCAAGAGUGCGAGCCUGACGCCGGACUGGCCUAAUAGUUGCAAGAUAAAGAAUAAACACGGGAUGCACCAGCAUUCCAGGAAAUGUCCAUGGCAGAUUGACGCCAGAACCAGAUACUUAUACA